AUGUCUCAGGCCGAGGAGACCCUCUGGUCUCAGUAUGAGGACCUCGGCCUCAUCGGCAUGGGGGCCUUCUCGAAGGUCCGAAAGGCUCGCCACCGCUUAACAGGAGUCGUGGUGGCCAUCAAGGCCCUGGAGAAGCAGCGGAGGAUUUACGCGGUUGUCCUGGAGGUGGAAGUAAUGAAGAUGCUCGACCACCCGAACACCCCGUCGCUCUUUCAGAUAGUUGACACGAAAGACACCAUCUACCUGGUCAUGGAGCUGUGCCACAGAGACCUGAUGGAGCACAUCUACUGGAACGGCUGCUUGCAGGAGGACGAGGCCCGGCAGAUUUUCAAACAAAUCUUAGACGCCAUCUCUUAUUGCCACAGCCACGGAAUUGUACAUCAAGACAUCAAACCAGAUAACAUCAUGGUGGAUGACAGGGGCAAAGUCACAGUCAUAGACUUCGGCCUGGCCACCAGGUUUUUGCCAGGACAAAUGCUCACCAGGUACUGUGGGGCAUACAAGUACAUGCCUCCAGAAGCUAUCCUGAGACAAUCAUACGACGGCCCUAAAAAGGACAUGUGGUCUUUGGGGGUCCUUCUUUUCUUUAUGGUAACCAGGACCAUGCCUUUUAACGCGAAGACACUUACGGAACUCAAAGAGGAGAUCGUCAAAGGGGAUUACCAGUUCCCUCAAGCCCUCUCAGAAGAAUUAAAGGACCUCAUUAGGCUUUUACUCACUGUAGAUCCAGAACGGAGGCCAACCACAGCAGAAGUGAUCAACCACCCUUGGCUCGAGCAGGGCCAAGGGGGUUCAGACAGUCGUCCACCACUCCCCAGACAACCGGACACGAACAUCAUAUCCGCCAUGGAGUUCAUGAGAUUUGAUGCAGACGACAUCGUCGAAGCUCUCCGGGAACGUAGGUACGACAGAACGAUGGCUACGUAUCUUUUGCUCAAAUACCAAGCACGGUGCAGGGUGGGGGACCAGGCUGAAGACAAGCCUGUCUGCCCGGGAACAACGCCUUUCCCCACCCCCACUGACCGUGCCGCCUUCCCCGUGGCCCCCAAGAUGAGACACCCCGCGCCUGUGUUUCGGACACUGUCCUCGGGGUUAGCGGCCCAGGAGCAGCCUGACGAUGGGCCGCAGGCGGAGCCUAAGGAGAUCAGGACUGCCAGUCUACCCAACCUGCACAUCUCCUGGCCCAAGAAGAAGCCCAGUGCCAAGCAGAGUCCCCCGUGUCCUCACCCGGCGGACAUUUCUGACAGGGCCACGGAGCCCUCGAACCGGGGCCUGCGCGGCCGCUUGAAGGCCUUGCGCAGCAGGAUCCAAGGCUGCCUGCGGAGACUGUUCCACCGCAGGCACCUCCACCUCUUCCGGAAGCGCGUGUCCCCCCAGCAAGCGGCGGAUAUCCAGGAAGACGACGAAGCCCCUGUCAGCCAAGAAGACACGAGCAUGUGCAUUCCGUGUGUGUGUGGCCGAAGAGGCAAGGUCCGACCCUCCUGA